AUGAGCUCCGGAAAACAUUUCAUUUGUAUUCCGCGGCGCACACAGCCUCACUCUCCUGUCUGGAUCUGCGACACCCCCCACGGCGAUCCAACGAUGCCUUUCGCCUCUUCUUUCUCUGCAAAGCUCUUCCACAAGGUGCGGAGGUGGGAGGUGCAGAGUGGCGAGGCGUCUUUAAAUUACCUCUGCUCGUAUAGCACGCUGAUUAAGAGAAGUCUGCCACUCAGCCGCCCGCCCUGCACCAACAGCCCCCAGGCCCAGUGGACCGCAGAGCUGUGCGACAUCACAGGGGACAUUAGUGUAGAGUCCGUGGUUCAGUCAGUUUUAGCCGGUGCUGCGCUCUUGCAACGUGCCACAGCCCACUGGUUGAAAAACACUGCCUCUGCCUCUCUGCCCCCCCCGGCCCCUCUGCCCCCCGGCCCCUCUGCCCCUCUGCCCCCCUGCCCCCCUGCCUCUCUGCCCCCCUGCCCCCCUGCCUCUCUGCCCCCCUGCCCCCCUGCCCCUCUGCCCCCCUGCCCCUCUGCCCCUCUGCCCCCCUGCCUCUCUGCCCCCCUGCCCCCCUGCCUCUCUGCCCCCCUGCCCCCCUGCCCCUCUGCCCCCCUGCCCCUCUGCCCCCCUGCCCCUCUGCCUCUCUGCCCUCCUGCCCCUUGUACAGCUCUUCCGCCUCCAUAG